GUGAAUGAGAUCCUUAUCACCCUCGAUCUAAUGGAGUGCACGCACACUCGCACCUUGUACCUUUCUGGGGGACAGAGGAAGCGUCUUGCAGUUGCAAUGGAGUACAUAAGGAACCCCCCAGUUAUGUUUUUGGAUGAGCCAACGAGUGGUCUUGAUAGUAAUUGUUGUUUCCAAGUGGUUUCCCUCUUGAAGUCUUUGGCGCAAGGUGGCCGCACGAUCAUCUGUACCAUUCACCAACCCAGCGCCAAACUCUUUGAGAUGUUUGACAAGGUAUACAUCCUAUGUCAAGGCCAGUGUAUCUACAAUGGCACUGCAUACCUACCUCCCCACAUUCCUCGUGAGCUUGGUCUGCACUGCCCUGCACACCACAACCCGGCUGACUUCAUUAUUAAAGUGGCAUCAGGAAUAUAUGGUGAUAUGACCCCUACCCUUGUCAAUGCUGUGAAGAAUGGCAUGAGCACCACAGAGCAGCAGAAAAGCAUUAGCAGCAGAAAAGACAUCCCCACACACUGUGAAGUGAUGCUAAUUGUCUUUCUGGUUGUGUCACAGCAGGACUUGGACCCCAUGGGGAAUAAUAUGUAUGUUGCCAGCACCCUCACCCAGUUCUGUAUCCUAUUCAAGAGGUCCUUCAUCUCUGACUACAGAGACCAGAUGCUGACUCUUGUGAGGUUUGUGUUUCACAUUGUGAUUGGCCUCCUGUUUGGAUUGGUGUACCUAAACAUUGGAAAUAAUGCACAGAAGGUCUCUUAUAAUCUGGGCUUCAUCUUCCCCUCUGUGCUUUCCAUCGUGUUUACUGCACAAGCCCCUACAGUCCUCACAUUUCCUCUUGAGAUGUCUGUUUUCAUGAGAGAGCACCUUAACUACUGGUACAGCCUCAAGGCCUACUACUUAGCCAAGACCAUGGCAGACAUUCCCUUCCAGAUCAUCUGCCCAAUCAUCUACUGCAGCAUCGUCUACUGGAUGACCUGCCAGCCCCCCGAGGCCUCACGCUUCUUGCUCUUCACUAUUAUGUUAACCCUCACAGCACUCAUGGCCCAGUCACUGGGUCAGCUCAUUGGAGCCAUGUGCAAGUCUGUGCUGGUAUGUGCCUUUUCAUCUCCUAGCAUAGCCAUUGAAGCGUCCAUCUUCAGCGGCUUCUUUGUCUCUUAUAACACAAUCCCUGUAUACCUGCGGUGGGCUACGUAUGUGUCCUACAUGAGGUACAGCUUUGAAGGAGCCAUAGUGUCCGUCUAUGGGAGGCGGCCUAACUUGGAUUGUGCUAUGGACCCCUGCCUACGAGAGAAGCCUGAGACAAUUCUGAAAGGGCUGGACAUGGAAGAUGCUGAAUUGUACCUAGACAUCAUUGCAUUAGUCCUCAUCUUCCUCUUCUUGCGGCUGGCAACGUUUUUUGCGCUGCGUCACAGGCUCAAAUCACAAAGGUAGAGUAAGAACAAAAAA